CUUAGAAAUAGGGAGGAAAGGAUGGAAGAGAUGGAGGAGGGACGGAGCUCUGGCAGUGGCCGGGCUUGGGUGGCCGGACGUCGAUGACCACCUGACCGCAUGGCAGCCGGCGGCUGUUGCAGUGGCCGGCGGGAAGGAAGACCGAGAGCUCUCGGUUUGGCUCGGAACAGGGGUAGACAUACUUCGGUUUAACUAGAAAUGGAAGAAUAGAGAGAAGAGUGACUCACCGGCAUGCUGAUGGAGAGGAGGAUCUCGGCCGAGGAUGGCUUGGUCCGGCGGUCAAGUGGCUGUGGCGGCGGCGCUUCUGGCAACCAAGUGGAUCUCGGAACAAAGGGAAAGGAGGGGAGAGAAAUCUCGGUGGUGGUUCUUGGCCGGGAUGGCACGUCGGCCACCGGAGAAGGAGGAGAAGGAGGGAGGAGACGGAGGAGAGAGAAGAGAGGGAGCUCGGCGGUGGGUCAAUGGCAGAGGAAGAGGGGGUUCUUAUAGUGGGUUUCCGAGGGGCGGUCGGCCCGUUCACGAAUCGCGGCGGUUGAGUGGGAUCGACGGCCGUUCAAGCGGCCGCGGGGCGGCCGCGGGGGGGCUGCAGCGCUGCCGGCCGUUACGCCCCGAGGAACAUGGAGCAGAGGAUCGCGAUUCGCUUUUCCUUUGGGCCAAGGGCUGGAGUCGGAGGGUCUGCCGACUUCAGCCCAUUCAAGCCCUAGUCUCACAGCAAUGGUGGGAGAUGUGACCAACAUCAUUUUAGAUCCAAUUCUGAUAUAUGCUUUACACCUGGGAGUCAGUGGUGCAGCUAUUGCCCAUGUUAUUUCUCGGUGCCUUAUUACAUUGAUAUUGUUAUCCAGACUAGUGAAACAAGUUAAUGUCGUGCCACCUAGUAUCAAAGCCCUGAAAUUUAGUCGAUUCCUCAGAUGUGGAUUUCUGCUUCUAGCGAGGGUGAUAGCUGUAACAUUCUGUGUAACGCUAGGAGCAUCAUUGGCUGCACGCCACGGACCAAUUAUUAUGGCAGCAUUUCAGAUAUGCUUGCAGGUUUGGUUGGCUACAUCUCUCCGAGAUGGUCUGGCCGUUGCAGGACAGGCAAUACUUGCCAGUGCAUUUGCGAGAGGGGACUAUCACAAGGUAGUAGCUGCUACAGCUCGUGUAUUACAGUUAAGCAUUGUACCGGGAAUGGCCCUCACACUUCUGCUAGGAGUUGGACUGCAGUUUGGAUCAGGAAUAUUCACAAAAGACAUUAAUGUGAUACAUAUAAUUCACAAAGGAAUUCCGUUUGUUGCUGGUACACAAACGCUUAAUUCAUUGGCCUUUGUAUUUGAUGGCAUCAACUUUGGAGCAUCUGAUUACACAUUUUCUGCUUAUUCUAUGGUUGCCGUUGCUGCUGUUAGCAUUCCAUGCCUGAUAUAUCUUUCUUCAACUCAUGGAUUCAUUGGAAUAUGGACUGCACUAACAAUCUUCAUGAGUGUAAGAACGUUUGCCAGUGCUUGGAGGUGACUGUAUCCUUUCUUGUGUUAACUUCCGUGCUGUUCAUCCAUUGAUGUAGUUCCCUCAAUUCUCUGUUGCUGUUAGUGCUGAGGGUGUGGCGAAGGUGGCAUUUAGUAUCCUUGGUGUUCAUAAAGCUUGCAACUGAAAUCUCUGGUGCACAGGUUAGUAGGAAUAAUCCUGGAAAUUGGUCUUUAAGAUGUCUUUCCCCGGACCUAUGAUCUUUCUAGAAAGCUAUUUCUUUGCCAUCUCCAUAUUGAAAGGUUACCCUGACUCUGAAGAUGCUAGUCACCAUCACCACACUUCGCCAAACAGCCGGCGCUUGCUUGAUAUCUUUGCUUUCAGUUUGAGUAGGUAGUUUGUUUUUGUAGUGAAGUCUCCUAAUCACCUCUUUCCAUGGUUGGAGAUGCUCUCCGAAGAAGUUCCACCAUGGUUUGAUCAGUAAACAUGAUAACAUCAUCUAAUCGUAUAUAAAGAAAAGGUCUUUUAACAAACAACUUAAGAUGACAAUUAGUAGAAUGUUGUGCAGCUGUUACUUCAAAAACACAAAAAUGUCAGAAGGUUUCCAUUGUUUUGUUACCCAGUAAUGACUUGAUUAUAUGCUCUGGUCAAGUCAUAAACAUGCCUACUUCUAAAAACUCGUUUCCAUGAUAGAAUAUGCCUAAUGUGUUAAGUUGGAUUGCAACAAAGUCACAUGACAAUGGAAAAACCACACGUUUCAUGAGAACAGGGAGAACCUUUGCCCAGACUCUUGUGCUGGAAAGCUGAAAAAAGGCAUCCUUCAGAUAAAACUACAUUGCUGGAAUUUCCUCUCUCUCUCUCUCUCUCUCUCCACCCCCACUCCUGUAUAAACGACAAUAACUGCCCUUAUUUAUGGUACCAUCUAUCCAGGACUCAAAACUCAUUUGUUUCUGCUUGUCCUUUGCGGGAUGGGGGCAGCAAGGGGGCCCUGGACUUUCAUCCGGAGAUGAUUUAUACUCCCUUGUGACAAAGAUCAAUGACUUUGCUUAGGAAGUUAUAAUUAAUGUGGACUAAACAAUAUGUGUACUAUGUUUACGUCACUUUUUGUUGCACAUGGACUUCUUUUCUUAUAGUCGUUAUACAUGUAAUAUGGAGGCUGAGGCUCUUGUCAUAUCAUGUCUGUCCUUGAUGUUGAGUAAA